AUGGGAUCUAGUAACAGCACAGUUGCUAAUGUGUCCAAGGAUGAGCCACUACAAAGAUUUGUAGGGACUGAUGGAAUACCACCUAACAGUGAAUAUUGGAGGGAAUUUUUGUCUUCGGUUGGCUCAACAACAAAAAGCAGCUCUCUCAUAGACUUUGAAAAAGCAAAUAAAAGUUUGCUAAGGGAUUUGAAAAAAAAUAACCUUCACUCUCGUAACAUUCCUAACCUCACGCAAUUUCUUAUAUCAAAGAUGUCAGAAUUAAUAGCCUCAUCAGACAUAUGCGAAGAUACAGUAUUAAUUGCUCAAAAUGGACUACUUAUUCUACGUUUAUCGGUGAAGUACUUGAUGGAGCACUGCUCUGAAGCUAGAUUUUUCUCUCACUUCUCUGUUAAUUCUCCUGAAGGUCCUCAUUGUUUGUCUGUAAUUGAAUGUUUGUUCCCUGUACUUUUCAGGCUCAUAACUAAUCUGCUCAUCCAAGACAAUACUUACUUGUUGCAUUGCGAAGCUCAUUUGUUGUGUAUAGUGUUACUCUCUAGACAAAUGUAUAAAGAACUAUCGGCUCCUCUACCACAAGUCUACGUUUCUGUUGUCUGGGGAAAGUGUGCAUCUCUUGCUCCUGCUUUAGUUUACCGAUUAUUGUCUAACUUUUCUGAAAAUCGUCCUGUCCCAACACUUUUACAUGGCAUUGAACAAUACAGUUUAAUAUGGCGUGCGGCGUCGUCGAUUGCAGGUAGUUUAGUUACAAUCGUCACAUUUGGUGGUUACUUUAGUCGCACUUCCAAUAGUUCAACAAAAUCAGAUAUACAGAACAGUCCGCAUGUUGCAGUUGUUGAACCAGUAAAAAAUAAUGUUUCCACAGAUCUUUUAACAUCAGAAUCUACUAUCAAAUCAAACGAACAGUGUCAUCUAUUGUCAAAUGUCAGCUCACUACUUUUAUUGAUACUUACUACUCAGGCUGGAUCUAUUGAGAAGACUGUAUCAACUUAUUCAGAAAAUAAUAUUAAAGAUUCAAAUUCUUUAGGACGAAAUCCAUAUCGAACAACACUUUUUUCUUUACAAGAUGAAGUUACUCAAAAAUACCAAGUUGAUUUAAUACUGGAUACAACUCACGUGCUGCCAAAGUCAACCCCUCGAUUACAGCCAGGUGGUGCUACAUUAAAUGGACAUUUAAACAUAGUUACUCAAUCACCAUCACCACAAAUAAAUUUCACUGCAAUCUGUGAUACAGCAGCUUCGACAUUGUCUCAGGACAGUAGCCCACUGUUAUUGUACCUUUUAGUUCAUCGAAAUACAAACUUUCAUUCGUUCAUUAUGCAAGAGCGGGGUUAUGAGAAAGUGCUUCCACCAUUAUUAAAUAUUCUAUAUAAAUCCCAAUCACAUAAUUCACAUCUUGUCUACAUGGCAUUAAUUCUGUUGUUGAUAUUUACGGAAAAUGAACAAUUUGGACGCGAUAUUCACACAUCAGAUAUUAAAUGGGUUCAGUGGUCAACAAGUCGUCGACUUUCGAAUGUUUCAUAUGGAAGCUUAACUGUAUUAGUUCUUUGUCGUACCAUUCAAUACCAUUUGAACCAAUUGAAGGACAAAUACCUUCAUGUUAAUAUUUUGGCAACUCUAGCAAACUUAUCCCCCCGAAUUACUAAACUUCAUCCUCAUGCAUGUGAUACACUAGUUGGUUUACUGCAAUUAUUGAUCAAGCGUCAUAAUAAAACUGUGGACAUUUUGCGUAAAAUGUCUGAUGACAACCAAUCACAAUCGGCUGCCGAAAUCACUAAGCUUCUAUCAAAUACAUCACUUAUAUCAUCUAAUACACAGGAAGAAAUGGUUCAAGAAUUAGCCUUACUUGAAGAAGUAAUUCGAAUGCUGUUAGAAAUUAUCAAUUCAAUUCUUACACAUACGAUGGUGUCGAAUCCAGAUUUAAUUUAUUCUCUUUUGUAUAAAAGGGAUUCAUUUACAUCACUUCGUUCACAUCCAUCGUUUCAGAAUGUGCUACAAAACAUUGAUAUUGUUUUAACUCAUUUUUCAAAGAAAAUUGAAUUAGAAUUAGGACCUCAACCAACUCAACCACAAGCUGUUAUGCAAGUGAUUAUAAAACAUGUUGGUAAUACUCAAAGAAGUUGUAAUCUGAAAAAAUUCCCAGAUCUGAAAUUUAAAUAUGUAGAAGAAGAAUCCCCAGAUGAAUUUUUCAUACCAUACGUUUGGUCUGUUGUACGACGCCAGUCAGGCAUACAUUUUAAGUCUGAAUCGCUAUUGUUAUUCUCGGCUGCUCCUCAAAACAUUCAAAAUACAACUGAAAACGACGACAUUAGUGAAGACAAUGAUAGUGUUAUGAAUAAUGGCGAAUCAAAUCAUGAGCAAGUACUGGUAUAACCAUGUCAAACAAGUUUUUUGAACAACCCUCGUUCUAUGAGUGCUUGCUGCUAAUUCUGUUGUUAAAUGUGUUCAGUGUCAUGAUUUUGACGAUAAUGAACUUUUAUGAAAUUUCCUCUUUCAGCUGUCUGUGAUCAAUAUCAUGGUUUCGUUUGAAUUUAGUUCUUUUUUUCUUUUCUUCACUUUCAAUUUUGUUUCUAG